AUGGAGAAACACCCUCUGCCUGAUCUGCGUCAGCACGAGUACACCACCAUCAUUGCGACUCUCGCCCUCCUCCCCGCUGCGCUCGCCGCAGUCAUGGAUAACCACAUGCCUGGCCCUGCUCUCGAGGAGAGAGCCUGCGUCCCAAGCAAGUGCCGAUGCAUCGGAGGCCAGGGCCAGUUCUGCGGCAACGAGAAAAUCAACAGGGACUGCAAGAACGGUCACGUUUACGAGUGCAACCGCAAGACCGGCAGGACCUGCGACUAUGGAAUCAGAACCUCCUGCAAGAAGUGCAACAAGCUCAAGUGCUAA